AAUCAUGGGCCGUUGAAUGUGUACGUCGGCUGCUGCUGCCAAAUUGAGACGUUUUACCGGUGCUUUGUCUGCGAAAACAUCUGUAAAAUCGUCAAUAUUCAAGACAAACAGUGUUGAGUGCAACUUACAGUUACACGCAAGAAGGACAUUGGACUUUAAUCGGGCAGAACUGCCAUGCAACAUAGGGUACCCAUCAUCAGCCAGAGAUUGCUCCGUGCCAGCAUCCCAUACUACUUCACCCAGGUCAGAGGUCACACCGAGGUCACACAAGCUCACCGACCGUGCUUGUUGAGUAGCCGAGGUUCACAUUCUUGGAGGGCGUCCGACUUGUUUCUGACAAAGACUUGUUCCCGCUCUGCACCUGGUUUGGGCUGGACCCCUGUCUCUACUUUCAAGGAAGAAGCCACAGAGCAGCCCUGACUUCACCUUUGACCAUCUGAAGUCCUCCUUAUCUCCAAUAUUUGUUCAGGUACUCCUCGGACAUGUCGUCAGCAACUCAAGAUCCUCAAACCUUUGAGAAGGUCUUCUACGAAUUGGUGGACGAACUCACGGAAGAUGACGCCGCUAAUCCAGAGAUCGCCGAUGCAGCAGCUUGGUUCAAAGAGAUGCUGGUUUACAAUGUUCCGGGAGGAAAGAGAAACCGAGGUCUUACUGUGGCGAAUGCGUUCAGACAACUGGCAAACAGCGUUCAAAGCACAGAAGAUAACAUUCAUAUAGCAAUGGUUCUCGGCUGGUGUGUCGAAUGGCUACAAGCCUACUUCCUAAUAGCCGAUGAUAUGAUGGACCAAUCAAAGACAAGGAGAGGUCAGCCUUGUUGGUAUAAGAAGGAUGGUGUGGGAACAGUUGCAAUCAAUGACUCAUUCUACGUUGAAGCCUGCAUCUACAAAAUUCUCAAGAGAUUCAUUAGUCAUCAACCCUACUAUGUCCAAGUGAUGGAAUUAUUUCACGAGACGACGUACCAGACGAUCAUGGGUCAAAGUUUAGAUCUACUGACGUCUCCAGAAAAUGACAGGGAUCUCAACAGGUUCACGGAACAGAGAUAUGCUGCAAUAGUCAAAUGGAAGACUGCUUUCUAUUCCUUCUAUCUGCCCGUUGCUCUAGCUAUGCAUAUGGUCGGAAUAUCAGAUGCCAAGUCUCACACCAAUGCAAAGACAAUCUUACUUCAGAUGGGCCAUUUCUUUCAAGUUCAGGAUGACUAUUUGGAUUGUUACGGGGCUCCAGAGGUCAUCGGUAAAAUCGGAACGGACAUAGAGGAGAAUAAAUGCGGUUGGCUGGUUGUUCAGGCGCUGAAGAGGGUCACCCCGGAACAGAGAAGUAUACUCGAGGAAAACUAUGGCAUAGAUGAUGCCGAGAAGGUCGCGAAGGUGAAAGAACUCUACGCGACCCUUGACCUGGAGGGCGUUUAUAGGUCGUAUGAAGAAUCCAGCUAUAAUGAUUUGAUGGAUACAAUUAACAGCCACAGUGAAACGUUACCGAAAGAUAUAUUUGUCGCUUUCGCCAAGAGGAUUUAUAAAAGGAAUAAGUAAACUGUUUUUUUUAUAUAUACAUCAGUUGAUUUUUGAAAGGAAUAAUUAAACUGUUUCGGGGAUAUAUACAUGUUCAGUCCAUUUGUGCCCCAGAGAAAAAAAAAUUCUACUAAUCUUAUUAUUAUUUUUUGUAAUCUAUGUGUACAGAUUACAGCUUUCCUAAUAUUCUGUAUAUAUACAGAUUGGUAUAUAAAUCGUAAUUUGUCUCAUAAUAUAUUCUUUGUACAGAUUGCAGUAAUCUGUAGAAACUUGUAAUCUGCAUGUAGAGAUUAGGUGAAGUACCACAAUCUAUUUCGAUUAUUAUAAAAGCUGUAAUUUCUAUACUCGGAUCAGGGCCAUGUCUUACAAAGAGUUGCAAUUGAUCCGAUCAAUCAGAGCUUUGGACGGCAAGCAACUUCAACAUCUAUUAUGCAUGUUUGUUCAAAAUAUUUUCUAACUACGAUGCAUAUUUUCACGUAUUCAUUGUUUUCUUGAAAAUUCACUGUGCUUCUCUUUGUUCACAAAGGACAUUGUGCAAAUAUCCUGUAGAAAUUUUUUUUACACUGAUGGAUUUCCAUAGAGUUACGAUCAAUCGUAACUCUUUGUAAGACAGGGUCCAUAGGAAAUAAUAUUUGGUUUUCCUCUGUGGCACGAAUGGUCUGUUGUUGAUAUAUUCUGGGAUGUUUAACUUGUAUACCUUUUUUUUAUAGAUAAAUGAGGGAUAGGAAUGCAUGUUCAGGUUCUGAACCCCUUAAAUCAUGGCAUUUGAUUGGCUGAGAGCAUAUAUUCUGAAUAAUUAACACUGAUAUCAAGUUUGUGAAAGUAGGGCUUGGCCCAUUCCAGCUUAAAAUUGUAUUAUGUACAUGUUUUCUGUUGCCUAAGAGCAAAUUUAUUUUAAUUAUUCUCAGACAGUUAUUAAUGACGUGAGUGCCAAAUGUGUUUAUCAAACUGCUACUGUUAAUUUUCUUAACCUUUGAACCCUUACUUAUUGGGACGGUCGUGAACCUCACCCUGAAUUACUUGCAGAUAUCAAGCUUAUCGGUAAAAUGAAGAAAUACAUGACAUUUGAAAUAUCUUGUGAUUCAAGCCCCGCCGUGCCAGCGGCACCUUACUCCGCUGGUAACCGGCCUGGCCCGUCUGAUGUUGAUAGCUGUUCCAUGCUGAUGAUAAUCUCAGAUAUUGUCUCAAAAUCAAAAUCACUGCUUUGACAGAAGUAAGAUUCAUCAAUAGCUUAUGCAUAAUCUGUAUACGACUUGCCAUAUUAUCACACAAGUUUAUUUGGUAGUAUAUUUUGGCCAUUUUUUACAUGCUAAAACCUGACAAAUGAAAGCCAUUAUCGGUGAUAUUAACUGGAGUUAUCAACUAAAAAUCUCUAAGAUGACAUCAUUUUUCAAAGGUCAUCUCACAUACGAACCCUUGGUUUUUUAGUCAAAUGACUUGAAGCGUUAUUCCUGCUUUUUGGUUACAGUUGUAUUUGCGUUUGCUUGUUCAUGGUGAAGCCGAUUUUCAGGCUUUUCGGGUUCAAAGGGUUAAAGAUGUGUGUCAUAAUCGGCUACCAGGGUGAGGAAAAAUUUACAUAUUAUAGGGGCUAUUAUUUUGCCACAUUGGAGCGAUUAGUGAAUAUAACAUUGACUGGCCUUGAGAAGAACAUCAUAUAAUGCGCCAAAGCAUACUAUUUAGCAAUUUUUUUUUGCCCGUAGCCCUCUUGUAUUGCAUACACUAUUGGCUUUCCAAUGUCAAAUUUCCAUAGACAACUUUGGACUAGAGAUACGGUCCAGUGUAUUCAAUAUUCAAUUUUUUACGUGUACCUUAUGUCACUCAGGAAAAUAAUAUUUGAAAAAAAAUCUAAAUGAUUGGAUUAUUUAUUACUGGAAUAUUACAACAUAUACAGUAUGUCCAUGUAGUAAGUUCUGUUGGAAGUGUAAGCAAUUAAUCAAACUUUUUGUAUUAUUGUAUUAUGGAAACGAGCUAGAAACAGGACAUGCUGCAAAUUGGCAAUGCAGAAGGAAAUGAAAGUUUGAUGGGGGACCUAAAGCUAUGCACUUUGUUUACAACUGAUUAAAAAAGUAUGACAAUUUUGAUAUUUGAACAUAUUUUUUUACUCUAAUUUGUGGUAUAAUUCUAAAGAUCAUUAUUAAACCACGAAGAAAAUUUCACUAAAACCCUA